UUAAUGGCGGCUGUUUGGAGCUGUACGAUGAGAUAAGAAGAAAAAUCGUAAUUAUUCCUGCAGGUGCGGGUUUGUAGGACUGUCCACAGUGUUGUCGUUUCUCACAGAGAAAAUACUUUAAGUCCCGCAGCAACAAUGACUUCAGUUCAGGUUUUGAGAGAGUUUAUCAACCAGCGACUCACUGCUGCUGCUGGAGAAAUAUUCACCGUGUUUCAACAAACUAUCGUCCAGUACGAGGAGGAGAUCGAGCGGCAGCGCAGAUUGCUGGAAAUCAUCUGGCAGCCUCAAGUCAAACUGCACAGAACAGAGUCUCCUGAGCAGCUUCUCUCUGUUCCCCACGAGGUGAACUCGAGUCUGGAGCAAGAAAAUCCGCCACAAAUCAGAGAGGACCACGAGGAUCCGGAGUCUCCCCCGAUCAAGACGGAACUGGAGGAUCCGGAGAUCAAGGACGAGGAGGAGGGAUUUUCCUCCAGCCAGAUGGGCGUGAGCCACGUCUUCAAGUUUGAAGGCGAUACUUUUAGAAGUGAGCCAGAAGCAGACGACGAGCAGCUCCUCCUCGGUGACUCUGCAGGAGCAGAUGUUGACGAGUUGGAAACGAGCGGGCCGAACAAUUCAGGAUGGACCGGAACCGAAGAGCCAGACUGCGACACGACGUGUCCUGACAACAUCUCACAGGAGUUGGACGAUCAGUCCACCAGUGAGACGGAUAAAAACUCCUUCAGUUGUGGGGUGUAUGGAAAGUCCUUCAAGUCCGUGUGUCGAGCACAGGAGCAUCGCGCCACUCACACGGGCGAGAAGCCGCAUUCCUGCCGAAUGUGCGGCAAAAGAUUCAGGCACAAAUUUUCUUUUAUGGUCCACAUGCAGAGCCACGCAGGUCAGACGCCAUUUCUCUGCAACACCUGUGGCAAAAGCUUCGCCAACACGUCGUCGCUGAAGAAUCAUACGCUGACUCACACAGGUGAGAGGCCUCACCUCUGUGCCACAUGCGGCAAGAGUUUCAGUUUGCACAGUACGCUGCUGGUGCACAUGAGAGCUCACACAGGUGAGAAGCCGUAUUCUUGUGAUGAAUGUGGGAGAAGUUUCACUCACCACAGUUCCAUGCUGUGCCACAUGAGAGCUCAUGCCGGUGAGAAGCUGCACUCGUGUGAAACUUGUCAUCGGAGUUUCAGUCAGCGCCGUUAUUUGUUGCGGCACAUGCGAAUUCACACGGGUGAAAAGCCGUACACCUGUGAAGUAUGUUUUAAGUGCCUCAGGACAGAAAGCGAUUUCUUGGCGCACAUGGAAGCUCACAGAGGCGAGAAGCCGUAUUCUUGUGGAAUCUGCGGGAAAAGCUUCGGUCACCAGUAUAACUUUCUGCGCCACCUGAGGACUCACACGGGCGAGAAGCCGUAUUCCUGCGGAACUUGUGAGAAACGUUUCAGUCAGCGUACUCAUCUGCUGACCCACAUCAGAACUCACACAGGUGAGAAGCCGCAUUGUUGUGGGACUUGUGGCAAAGGUUUCAGCCGACGCAGCAUUUUGUUGAAUCACCUCAGAGUUCAUGAGAAGAUUACUGACGACCCGUCGUGACUAAAGACGAAUCUGUGAAGUCACUUCUGAAAUCCAGUCAGUAUGAAAAUAUCCUUGUUGAUGGAAAACAUUUCAGAUCUAAAUCACUGUUUGUGUGUCUGAAGUUUUAACGUUGAACUGCACAGUCAAUUCCAUUUGACGGUUUGCUUGUUAAAACUAUGAUAUCAAGUAAACCUCUCAUUUCAAUGAAAGUACUUUGGAUGUUUCAUUUGAACCAAUCUUCACUUGUGUUGAUAUGUUUUACUGUAAGAAUGACAGUGCUGUUCACUGUGGAAUGGUUUUCAGGCCAUUUGUGUAAAAACUCACUUUUGCCUUUUUUUUUUGUUUGAUUCAGAAAAGUUUCAUGUUUACAUGGCAAUGAUGAACUCAGAUGAUCUGUGAUUUUCACGUCGGGCCACUGGAGUGUGUUGUUUGUCUGUGUAGUGAAACCGCACAUGAGCAGAGAACAAACGGGAGUUGGACUGUUACGACGAGGACUGUCAGCUGUAUCCUGCCAAGCUGGGACUCAACAUGAUAUAAAUACCACAAAAUCCUGCUCUGUAAAAAUAUAGUCAGUAAUCUGUUCACUUGAAAUGUAUUUAUUUGAUCUGAUUCAUGCCUCAAAGGCAAAUGUGUCAAUAUAUUGGCCAUACAUGUAAUCUGAACUACUCCAGUUGAAAUGUUUUAACUGCCAACAGGAAAGAAGUGCCUCUUAACCGUUACUGCAACAAUA